AUGCAACUUGUGCGACUGCUUUUGCGCGCAUGUGCAGCUGCAGUCCCACUGGCAGUGUCGCUCUACCUGCUCUACCUGCUGAGCGUGCCGCCUUCGUUUGCAGACAAUGACGCGGUGGGCGUGCGGAUUCAACCGCCCUCCCACGAGAGCCUCGACAUGCUGCUUCAGCGGAACAACGUUGACGCUCCGACACACGCCAACCAUCUCCAACAACCGAUGAGUAUUCAUGAAGAACAACAGCAACAGCAGCAGCAGCAGCGGCGAAGUGUCGUCAACCCUGCUGCCGCCGCUGCUGCUGAAGACAAGAUUGUCGUCGGUCACCGCCCCCUCGAGGCACAACACCCGCCUCGGCGAUUCGAAGACGAGCGGAAACAAGUCUUCCAACAGAAGGCACAACGCGCGCAAGCUGCACUCGCCGCCGCUGUUGCCGCCGUUCCUGCUGCUCCCAACGCAGCAGCUCAUGCCGCUCGUCCGGACAACAAGCAGCUCGACGAACACUCCCCCGUCGCGGUUGCUGCUCGCUCCCAACAGCGAGUCGGUCUUGCGCUCGACCCGAAGGACACGAUGGCUCAACUUGAGCGCCUCACCAAAGCAGCAGCUGCAUUGGGAAACCGCCCAAGCCUGUCCGAUACGGAGCAAGUGAUGCUGUCCGCAGACGACUAGUGCGUUACUCCAUACCGGUGUCUUGCCCGCUUCCAUAGUCAAAAAG